UAAUGGUGCCAAAGGAGAAAGACGCAGAGUUGUGCCAGGUGGUUCCUGCUGAUACAGGUGUUCCCAUUGAGGUCCAGUCGGUGCUGAAGAGAGACAUCAGAGAGGAAGUAAUUCCCGAGGAAAUUGCCUCCCAUGCAGACUUUUUGAAGUGCUGGUCAACCCCCUUAGGUUAUUAUUCUUGGCGUAACACCACUAAUGGGUCCUGGUUCGUGCAGUCGCUCUGUCAGGUAUUCUCCAGAGCCACUGGGGAAGAGGAUAUUAUGGAUCUUCUAACUAAGGUCAACAUGGUGCUAAAUUCAAGUUUCCAAAGUAAUUGCCCCA